AUGUGUAUCCUUCAUUUAGAUUGCGAUGAAAUCGUAUCUAUUCAUUUCACCUAUUCAAGAGAAGGUCGCCCUUCUGGCGAAGCCUACUUGGAGCUAGGUAGCGCACAAGAUGUGGAGAAAGCGCUGCUAAAGCACCGAGAAAACAUGGGCCAGCGUUAUAUUGAAGUUUUCCAUUCUAAAAGAGCGGAGAUGGAAUAUGUGCUGAAAAGAAGCGGGAAACCGCUGGAAGCGUCCGAGGCGAAUACCGUCGUGCGACUUCGCGGAUUGCCCUAUGGUUGUACUAAGGAGGAAAUAUUCAAUUUUUUCAAAGGUAUGGAAAUCGCACCGGAUGGGUUAGAAUUUGUUUUCGACGGUAAUGGACGGGCCACAGGGGAAGCCUACGUCCGUUUUGUUGAUAAAGACACCGCGGAAAGAGCGUUGGAUCGUCAUAUGGACAAAAUCGGUCACAGGUAUAUCGAGGUUUUUCGAAGCACAGAGGAAGAAAUGGAACGGGUAACCAGGCGGCCAAGAAUGUUGGGUAGUUAUGGGAGAAGUGGCGGCGGGCGUCCUGGACCGUAUUCUUUAUUGGAUGCCCCGCUAUUUGAACCUGACUUCGGUUGGGGUUACGGACGGAUGAUGGAUUACGUAAGGGGCGUAGAACCUGUCGGACGCCGCGGAAGCCUAGCCCCACUAAUUGACGAGCCGUAUUACGGGAACGUAAGAGGUGGGCAAGACAAUUAUGGAAGGGGUUACAUGUAUUCCAGUCGAUCGAUGAACGGUGCUGGACGGGGCGUUGGUCACGUGUUCUUUAUGCCACUUAAAGUACUGAACGUUCACAUUCUGUUUGAUGAACGAGGCCGAGCAUUGGGUGAAGCCGAUGUCGAUUUCCCGACGCAUGAAGAUGCAUUGGAAGCAAUGAAAAAAGAUCAUGAAAACAUUGGCGAGCGCUAUAUCGAGCUAUUCUUAAAUUCUGUUCCACCUUCGAGGGGAAAAUCUGCGAAAGUGAAAGGCUACGAACGCGAUCGCAAUUUGGAAAGAAUGGCUCCAAGGUCGUCGUCGAGUAGCAGGGAUAUUCCAGGUGUUAUUACGUAUCCCGGACUGAACCCGUAUUCUGGUGUGUCGCAAAUGGGCAUAUAUGGAUCACCUGACUUCUAA